AUGAAUGAAUACCAACGAGUGGAAAUGAUGGAAGAUAAACGAUGGACAAAUAUUUUGAAAUGUGACAUUAUGGAAAAUAUUACGAAAUUGGGAGAUGCAGAGCAACAUGAUCGUUUUGCAGAAAUGGAUGUCAAUUUGGUAAAUGAAAAUAUUAAUCUUCAAGACAUGAAAAAAAAUAUUGGAAAAUAUUAUGAACAAUUUAAAGUGGUAAAUGGAGAUUUUAAAGAUAUAAUUUUAUCAGGUGCUGGAAGUAAGAGUUUGUUGGAAAGAUACAGACAUUUACAUCCAGAUAAAAUAAAAUUGAGCAUGAAUAAUUCUAUACACACAAUAACUAAUGCCUCAAAUGCACGAGUUAGACGAUUUAAAAUAGCAUUAAAAAAAUUGGAGGAUAUACAUAGACACCCGAAUCCAAAGAAAGGUAAACAGAAACAUAUCAAAAGACACAAAAUGGAAGCAACAAUGGGAAAAAUUGUAAACAAAGUUAAGAGAAUUGCACUGGUCGACUCGACCAAAAGAACGACCAAAAAUAUGGUCGAUGGUGUUAAACAAAAUUUAAUCAAGUAUGAUACAGUAAUAGAACAAUUACAAAACGACGCUAAAUCAAUGGCCGUGAUCAUUAUGAAAGAAAUUGAAACUGGUACAAACUUUAACCAAGACUCAGUGAAUUAUGUUAAAAGUUAUUUUGCCGAGAAGGAUGCAGAAGAAAAAUCUAUCAAUACAAACACGUCUUACCUAGACAAAAUAAAUGCAAUAAUGGAUUCAAUGGAACGCAGUAGAAAGUCAUUAAUGCAAGAAAAACCGGCCACAAAAACUGAAAAAAGAUUUUAUUCAGAACUUCCGUGGACAAUUGAUACAACUACCGAAGCUGAUACUACUAUUGCUGAAAAUGAUAAAAAUAAAGAAACAAAAAAUAAUAACAAUAAUUGGUGUAGUAAUAUUUCACAAUUUGGAAUAAUGUACUACGUCCAUCCAGAUGACAAAACUAAAUUUUUGAACAAUUUAAAAAAUGAUAUAAACGUUUCAUCUAUAGACUAUAAGUUUCCUGAAAAUAUCUUUAAUUAUGUAACUCUUAGUGAUAUUCAACCAACAAACGAUGAGUUAGCCGCUGAUUACAUACUAAAUCAAUCAGAGUAUAAUAAUAUAGACGAUUUGGUAAAAUAUGUUGAGUGUACAAAAAAUGAUUUAAUAUACUUAAGCAAGUUGUCAACUUUAAGAACAAGUUUACGGAGUUUAUUAUUGAAGGAAAGGUUGUAUAAAAAAGAGACUAUUGAUAAAUUGAAACUUUUGACUAUCAAAGAUAUUGAAUUCACUAAACAAGUGGAGAGUUUCAAAACAUUCAUUGAUGGCCAAAACAAAAAAAUGUCUAAUCUUGACAAAAUGAAAACUCAUUAUUUGAAAUUGUUUAAUGAUUUGUAUUUUUACAUGGACAAUAUUAAAAUGAUACUUAAAAAACUCGAUGUUUCAAUUGACGAUUCUAAACAAUUCGAAUUUAUAAAAACUCUUACUUCACAAGAAAAUACAAUAGAUAAUGGCACUGAGGAAUUAAUGAAAUCAAUAGAAGACAUAAAAUCUAUGAUUGUUAUAAUUAAUGGAAAAUUUAGGUGGUGUAAUUUGAUAAUUCCGGAUGAAUUCGAUUCCAAACAAUUGAAUUUUGCUCGUGCGAUGUAUGUGUAUAAAGUUCAAGAAUUCAUACAGGCAGAAUUAACGAAGAAAAAAAUUAAAUUGUCCCUUUUAAUAAAAAAAAAUAAAGCGGAUGAUAUGCCAAAAAAAUCUGAGUACAUCUUAACUAGAGAUGAUAUGAAACGACAAGCCGAACUAAUUGUAAAAAUGUUUAAUGAAAAGGAUACGGAUAGUUCAAAAAAUAAAAGAAAACCAAUUUCUUUCAGAAAAAGUUUUAUUUAA